AGGUGUUGGUAAAACCCAUCUGGUGACGAAGUAUCUAAAAAGACAACUUUUGAAAGACAUAGGCCCAACUAUAUCUGCCACAUUUUUUACAUGCAAAGUAGUAAUGGAUAAUGUGAAAGUGAAGCUCCAAAUAUGGGAUACCGCUGGGCAGGAACGAUUCAAAGCUGUUGCACCGAUGUAUUAUCGCAAUGCCAAUGCAGCUAUUCUAGUCUUUGACUUGACACAGUAUAAAAGUUUUACCGAAAUCAAAAUUUGGAUACAAGAGCUACAUCGGAACGUGCAGGAUCCUAUAAUAUUAGCAUUGGUUGGUAAUAAAUUGGAUUUGCAUGCACAGCGUACUGUGUCGCGUGAUGAAGCUUAUCUAUUUGCCUCAUCGAUUGGCGCAAGUUAUUUUGAAACAUCAGCUGAAGUUGAUCAAGGUCUGGAACAGGUUUUUCAAACGAUAGCCUUAGGAUUUGUGCGACUAAUGAAAGAGGGUAAAAGUCGGUCUUUACGUCAAUUCGAUUCAUGCGACUCUAUCACAGCAUAUACGAAUAACAAUACUGCCUUCAGUUAUAGUUCAGCGGCUAUGACUAACGGCAAUGGCAGUUUUCAAUUAUCUGCUAUACCAGUGGGCAUACCAGUUGAGGGUGAAAAUGUUAAGAUUAGUGGUGUUGGAAGACAAGAAACUCCUUCUUGGAGUAUUGAACAUAUAGCGUUAGGUGAGGUGGAACCCACGGGUAGUUGCUGUUAUUAGGCUAGAAACAAAAAUAAUUUAAAUUAGCACGCUAACUAUUAGAAAAUGUGAUUUUUGUUUCGUAUUAAAACACGAAUUUAUAUUUUUUACUCUAGCUUUUAGCUUAUCGAAAAAUGUAAAGCAAUCUUAAAUUUAAGUUUAUAUUUUAAAAUAGGUGACAUGGAGGAUAUGUUUAAGGAUUUAGUGAGAUGAACUUUAAAUAUAAUUUUAAAGCGAAUAUUGACAUUACCAUGAUUUUAAUAGUUAUAACUUCUGAAUAUUGUAAUGUAUAUAAAAAAUAUUUAUUAAUUUUUUAUAUUAUAUUUUCAAGUUUGUUAUAUUUAUUAACUAAUAAGACGCUUUUUUACUUGGCUUUUUUUAAAUUAUUUAUGUAAGAAUAUAUAAAUCAAGAUUAUUUAUAUGAUAAUAUUUAAAUUAAUAAUAGUAGAAAAAUAUAUUUAUAAUUUUGUUUGACCAUUUUGUUGUUAGAUAUAAAAAGUUUAUCAAAAUAUACGAAGAUAUUUUGUAAUUUUAUGUGAACGUUUAGUUAAGUCUUAGGAUAUUAACGCUGUACCACCAAA